GUGAAUGGAUUGCACAUGACAGUAAAUAUAUCCGCUGUAUUUAAGCUUUUUAUCUUGAAGCUCUGUCUCUAUCAUUGCGCCUCUUCGCAGACAUGAUCCACUUGAAGCAACAAACACGUGUUGAACUCCUGAGAACACUCUAGUUGGAUCAAGCGAACGCGGAAGUACGUGUAUGUUGCUCAUCUCGUCAAAGUGGCCGAGCCGUGUAGCUGCUGCUGCUGAGUAAAACCACAUUUCCCAGAAUGCAGCGCGCGCGGUAGCGACAUCCUCGCUGUGCAUUGUAGGAUGAGGUGAAGCGCUUGUUUUGGUUCUGCGGACUGUGACUCUUCUCCGCCUGUCAGCCGAGGCCUCACGCUGUUUAUACCUGAACUGACGCGGCUGUGGAGCGUCCUCUGUCCCCCGGAAUCACUGCCGCACCGACGGCUUCACCUCCGCUGGUUUCUCGGUGAGCUUCUCGUCAUGUUAUCCUCCGUCCCCUCCAGGCUCAUCGCGCGAAGGUCGCGCAGCCUGUCACCGUGCAGCCGCGUGCUCCAGACCAGCGCGAGCGGCGGCGCGUGCCAGGGCAUCCGCGAGACACCGGCGGAGUCGAACCGGAACCCGAUCGUCUCCACGUCCCGCGUGUCCAGGAGGGGGAUUUUAUCCGAGGAGCCCGCCGCGUCCAGUGUCAGACCCGCGGUGCAGUACCACCACCUCGCCCCUGGGUGGGUGUCCAACCUGGAGAACCGCCGCAGCUCGUGGGCGGCUCUGGCCAGCAGGGGGCGCAACAACAGCCGCUACUGGGAGGAGAGCGGCGGAGGUGAGGGCCGGGGCGAAGGUGGAGGAGCCGGCCGGGCUGGAGCUGCCUCUGCCGGCGUCCUGUCUGCUGCAGCCGUGGCCUUCUGCCUGAAGAAAGACUCUGAUGACAAAGGUGAUGCUCUUCUGGAGGCAGCAAGAACCAAUCAUUUUCAAGAAGUGUCCAGGCUGUUAAAGGAAGGCGUGGACCCAAAUUGCCGCCACCGUCUCGGUUGGACUGCUCUCAUGGUGGCAGCCAUGAACAGACAGCAUGGUGUGGUGAAGGUUCUGCUCGAAGCUGGUGCUGACCCAAACGCUGGAGAUCACUUCAACAAUGUUUAUGACACCUCGCGGGAGAAAGGCAUCCACUCCCUGGAAGUUCUGGUGUCCAGAGAGGAUGAAUUUAGCAGCAGGCUCAGCAGCAGGGCUGGUUUCCGGGGCUGCACGGCGCUACACUACGCCACACUGGCUGACGACGCACACACCGCCCGCAUGCUUCUGGAGGCUGGUAAGUCACAGUCCACCCACCCUAACCCCACCCCGACCCCCCACAUUACAGUCCUUAUUGGAGCACUGAAAUUUUGCAGAUAA